AGGAACUUCAUUCCCUUCUCUGUGUCGGGAUCCCAGAAAGUAUGCCCCUUCUGUCACCAUGAACUGGCUUUCCAGUUCCCCGGGAGUCGUGCUGACUGCCUACCACCCCAGCAGCAAGGACCAGGCCGUAGGGGGGAUCCCUGGCAAAGGGGAAGACACUUCCAGAUGUAGAUAUGGCCAGCAUUCUGUGAACCAAGAACUUACCAAAAUUACGGGAAGAUCUCCAUGUGAUCGAUCAGCUUCUCUGGAAUCCUUGAAUGACAUCUGUAUGGACGACUAUUGGACUGAAGUAGAAAACAUCAAGCAAUCUAAUGAAAACAGACAAGAUCAAGAACUGGUAGUUGUCAAAGAGCCUGAUGAAGGAGAACUGGAAGAAGAGUGGCUCAAAGAAGCUGGUUUGUACAAUCUGUUUGGCGAGUCUGCUGGAGACCCUCAAGAAAGUAUGGUGUUUUUAUCUACUCUGACCCGGACCCAGGCAGCAGCUGUUCAGAAGCGGGUAGAAACUGUCUCUCAGACCUUGAGGAAAAAAAACAAACAGUACCAGAUCCCUGAUGUCAGAGACAUAUUUGCUCAACAGAGAGACUCAAAAGAAAAUGCUUCAGAUGGCACUGAAUUGCAGUCAGUCAGAACAAAUGAAAAUAAAUACAAAGGAAAAGAUGACCAAGCAUCUAGCCUAGUGUUAGGUGAAAAGGAGCUGAUUUCACCAGUGUCUGAGGAGGCACUCACCCCUGAAGCAGAUAUCAACCUAAAUGUGUCAUUUGCAGAACAAGCAGCCACUCAGAAAGAAAAUUUCAAGGAUAAGUCCCAGAAAAGCAAUGGCAACAAUGCCCAGUUAUCUAACUUGAUAAAAGACAAAACUGGAACCACCAAGAUUGGUGACCUCGCUCCCCAGGAUAUGAAGAAAGUUUGCCCUAUAGUUCUGGUUGAACUGACUGCUCUCUGUGAUGUCUUGGGUAUUGAAAUGAAGCAACAAAAAGCUGUGAAAAUCAAAACUAAAGAUUCUGGCCUCUUUGGUGUUCCCUUGACAGUAUUGUUAGAACAAGAUCAGAAAAAAGUACCAGGAACUCGAAUACCCUUAAUAUUUCAAAAACUGAUUUCUCGGAUUGAAGAAGGGGGUUUGGAAACUGAAGGCCUCUUAAGAAUACCUGGAGCUGCCUUUAGGAUCAAGAAUUUCUGCCAAGAACUGGAAGCAAAGUUUUAUGAAGGGACUUUUAAUUGGGAAAGUGUCAAGCAGCAUGAUGCAGCCAGCUUGCUGAAGCACUUCAUUCGGGAGCUUCCUCAGCCACUACUUAGUGUUGAAUAUCUCAAAGCCUUCCAGAAUGUCCAGAAGCUUCCAACCAGGACACAACAACUGCAGGCCUUGAACCUUCUUGUCAUUCUCCUGCCUGAUGCAAACAGAGACACACUGAAGGCUCUGCUUGAAUUUCUUCAAAGAGUAAUAGACAAGAGAGAGAAAAAUAAGAUGACAGUAACGAAUGUGGCAAUGGUCAUGGCCCCCAAUCUCUUCAUGAGUCACACAUUAGGAUUAAAAUCCACUGAACAGCAAGAAUUUGGAAUGGCAGCUGGGACAGCUAAUGUCAUGCACUUAUUGAUCAAACAUCAACAAAUUCUGUGGACAAUCCCCAAAUUUAUUCUUAACCAAGUGAGAAAACUAAACACAGAACACCAGAAAAAAGAGAAAAAAGCCAGGAAGAAAUUGCUGAAGAAAAUGGCUCACGAUCGAGAAAAAUAUGAAAAGCAAGAGAAGAAUACAAAUGAUGCUGAUGUUCCUCAGGGAGUAAUUCGAGUGCAAGCUCCCCAUCUUUCGAAAGUUUCCAUGGCAAUACAGCUAACUGAAGAACUAAAAGCCAGUGAUGUACUUGCCAGAUUUCUCAGCCAAGAAAGUGGAAUUGCCCAGACACUCAAGAAAGGGGAAGUUUGUUUGUUUGAAAUUGGAGGAAAUAUUGGGGAACGCUGCCUGCAUAAUGACACUUAUAUGAAGGACUUGUAUCAGCUCAACCCAAAUGCUGAGUGGGUUAUAAAGUCAAAGCCAUCAUAGAAGACAUAUUCUACAAAUAACUAGAAGGACUAUCUUAAUAUUUUCGGGGUCAAGAAUUUAAAUAAAAGGAACAUCAGGACCUUUAUUAUUCAAACAUUCCAGACUGUUGAGUAGAGAUAUUCUCAGGCUUUAAAAUGUUGCAAGUUUGUGCUGCUGCCAGAAUUGUCUUAAUAUUAAUUAUCAAUAUCAUUAUAAGAAAACAAACAUCUCUGUGAAAAGAGGCAAGGGGCUUAAUUAACUUCUAGGCUAUUUUUUUAUACUCUGAAGUAAGC